UGGUUUAGUUACUCAGCUCGCUGGGGAGGAGGAGGAGGAGUGCGAGUGCUGUGGCAGUGACAGAUACAACUUCAACAAGUUGAAGCGCAUCCUGGCAGCUCGACUGCUGUUGUUAGUUAAAGGGCGACGACGGGAAUGCCGCGCACAUCAUGAGCGAACAGGACAGUAAGGUCGUCGUGCUCACGGCGUUUCACCUGACCGGCGACGCUUCUGAAGUGUCAAAGCGGGUCAGAGACCGAGAGGACCACGGCUUCGCGGAUCCAAGGGGUAGAUCUGGUCAAUACAAUUUACAGAGUAGGACAAAACAUGUCCCUGGUAAGCCACCGCUCAGAUCAGCCUCAAUGGAUUCACUGGAUGAUCUUACUUUGGAUGAUUAUUGGACUGAAUUAGAGCAUAUUCAGAGCAGCAACAAUGACCAAGAACAGCACAAUGAUCUGGUAGAGAAAGUACCUGAUGAAGGGGAACUAGAGGAGGAGUGGCUGAAAGAAGCAGGGCUGUCCGACCUCCUGGUUGAUUCUGCAGAUCCCAUUGAAAGCAAAGUGUUAUUAUCUACGCUAACUCGCACCCAGGCUGCUGCCGUGCAGAAGAGGAUAGAAAUGGUUACGCAAACUCUACGCAAGAAGAAUAAACAGCAGCAAAUACCAGAUGUGAGGUCAAUUUUUGGUUUGCCACCAUCACAAGCUGAGAAGAUUUCUGAUGCUAAUGGAACUCCUUCUCCAUCAAAUAAUGAAGAAGAAAAAAUGUCAUCUGUUUCUGGUGAACCCACUGUCCAGAGUGGACAAGGAACAGAAACUGAUAUCAAUUUAGAGAUAUCCUUCUCUGAACAAGCUGCCAGCUUCAAAGAGAGGUCAAAGAAUAAUAAGCUUCCAAGUGAGGAAGAUACUCACAUGCCUAAUUUCAGAUUAUUGAAAGACAAGACGGGUACAACAAAGAUUGGUGACCUGGCUCCCCAAGAUAUGAGGAAAGUUCAUUCUUUGGCGCUCAUUGAGCUGACAGCUCUUUUUGAUACAUUUGCAGUUGAUUUUAAAUCUCACAAAACACUGAAAAUUAAACAUAAAGAAUCGGGACUUUUUGGAGUUCCUCUUACCAUUUUACUGGAACAUGACCAGAAGAAGGUACCGGGUACUAAGGUGCCACUUAUAUUACAAAAACUCUUGUCUCAUAUAGAAGCUGAAGGUUUGGAUACAGAAGGCCUUCUGCGUAUUCCAGGAGCUGCAAUACGAGUGAAGAGUCUUUGCCAAGAACUGGAGUCUAAAUUCUAUGAUGGGACAUUUAUCUGGGAAAAUGUAAAACAACAUGAUGCUGCAAGUUUAUUAAAACUCUUCAUCCGCGAACUGCCAUAUCCUCUUCUGACAGUUGAAUACCUCAACGCUUUCUUAUCAGUGCAAAAACUUCCCACAAAGAAGCAGCAGCUUCAAUCACUUAAUCUUUUGGUGCUUCUUCUUCCAGAAUUGAGCAGAAACACACUAAAGAUUCUCUUGGAAUUUCUGCAGAGGGUCAUAGCAAACUCAGAGAAGAACAAAAUGACGCUUAAUAAUGUUGCUGUUGUAAUGGCACCAAACCUCUUCAUGUUCAAAGAAAUUCGUUCCAAGAACUAUGAACAAGAACUUGCACUUGCUACAGGAUCAGCAUCUAUUAUGCGUUUUCUGAUUAAAUAUCAGACUCUUCUGUGGACAAUACCACGAUUUAUUAUGAAUCAAGUAAGAAAACAAAAUAUAGAAAACCAAAAGAAGACCUCAAAAGACAGAGCAAUGAAGAAAUUGCUAAAGAAAAUGGCUUAUGACAGAGAAAAACACGAAAAGCAUGAAAAACUGACAUUGGAUACAGAUGUUCUUCAGGGUGUUAUACGGGUUCAAGCACCGCAGUUCUCCAAAGUCUCCAUGGCCAUUCAACUAACGGAGGACCUUAAAGCUAGUGAUGUCCUAGCCAGAUUUCUCAGCCAAGACAGCAGCACUGUUGAACAGUCUGUGAAGAGAGAAGAACUGUGCCUAUUUGAAAUAGGAGGCAACAUAGGUGAGCGCUGCUUAGAUGAUGACACCUAUAUGAAGGAUCUCUAUCAACUAAAUCCUACUGCAGAGUGGGUUAUAAAGCCUCGUUCUCGAUGAAAGUGGAUUUUCUGAGUGCAAAGGGAAAUGCAAAAUGGAGAAUUUCAUAUCAUAUUAAAUAUAUAUUUAAAUUGAGGAGAAAACAGAAGAACAUUUUUAAAAAAAUGCUCCUUGUAGCAAAAACUGCCAAAUUUCUAUUCAUAUAUAUUGUAACUGUAAAUAUUUAAUGGUAUUUCAAGAAAAUAGCACAUUAUUUCACUGUCAAAAUAUGAUGAAGAAUGGAACCUGUCCCUAACAGUUCUCCAACCUGCGUUUAUAGCUGCCAGGGUUUUAAAGCGGUUCUCAGAAUCCAAGACAAAUUUGACUACUCUGGCUUUUGUAAAAGAGUAAGCAUGCUUAUGUGCAUAUAUUUUUGAUACUAAAAUUUGUAAAUUUGAUUUGAAAAUUUGUAAGACAUUAUUGCACUUAAGAUGCAAAGCAGCCACAGAAAUGUAUAUCAUUAGAAAGGAUACAUGUAUAUUGAGAUUUUUCUAUAAAAGAGGAAAAAACAAACGUAUCCCCUUAAAGCCUCAUAUUAUAAACAUUUUUGCACCACCCUUUUUUAUACUGGUGCCAAUGCCAUUGUCUCCUUACAUUAACAUCAAACAUCUGAACAGCUUGAAAUAAUGCAAGCUAAUAUAUACAAUAUCCUAUAAACUGAUAAAUAAAUGGCAUUUCUGUGUUUAAACAAAAAUGUAAUAUAUACAUAUUUAAUAAAUUUUUAGAACACACAUUUGUGACAACA